AUGGCAUUAGUAAACCUGAACAGCAAACGACGUCGCGUCGACCAGGCUGCCUCAUCGCUCUCGAAGCCGUUCAAGUCACCACUCCGCAGGCCAGCUCAACAGGGCACAGAAAAGGAAGAGGCAUCGAAGAAUAUGACAUCUUCUGUCAAUUCUGAAGCCGAAAAUCAAGCUGUUGGAGAAUCUGAUACACAAGAGCAUUCCUUGCUAUCAACACCAGUCUCUACAUCCACUCGUCUCCCCAGCUCAACACCCACCUCACCCUCCCCAAACUGGCAGGUCCGCAAACGAAAAUCCAUUCCAAGCCAGAUAACCCCCUCAAAGAAAGGUAUACUCGCAGAUCCUGUGAUAUCAAAACUCCAGAAGGAACAGCGAACUCUCCAGACCAGGCUCUCUGCCCUCCGCUCCCAACUCGAUACCGCGCAGCAAGCUCUCAAAAUCGAGUCGUCGACUAAAGAUGCUGAGCUCGAGGCUCUGAUUCUCAAAUGGAAGGCCGUAAGUCAGGAUGCUGCUGAGGAAGUCUUCGCAGGAGCACAAGAGCGGGUCUCUCGGAUGGGUGGCAUGAAGGCUUGGAGAGAGCAGAUGCAGAGCAACAGUGCCAAGUGGGAACAGGAGGAGUUGGAGUCCUGGUAUGGAAGUGCCGAAGCGGAAGAUGUCGAAGCGGAUGACGAUCAAUUGGAGCGGCGGAAGGUCGAGCUUCUUGGCGAGGUUGAAAUGCGCAAAAAGAAGCAAAAGGAAGGUCAGGGAGAUGAAGCGGUUGAGGAUGAGGAGUUCACGAUGGACAUUAUGUUGAAGAUGCUUAAGAUCGACUUGAAGAUGGUCGGAUAUGAUAAGGCAGCACAAAGAUGGAUCAAAUACUGA